UAGAUACGUUUAUUAUUUUCUGAAAAUAUAGCAUUUUCAUAUCUUUUGGGCUUGGUUGUUAAGAUGGUGAAGUAUGUCUAAUCUUGAUGUACAGAUAAGAGAAUUGCCCUAAGACAGGGUGAGUCAGCAUAGAACAUCCAACAUGCGACUCUUGACUGGAGGUCAAGCACUUCAGAAAAAUGUCUGAGAUGAAAAUAGGAGCAGUGGGGACUUUUGCUUCAGGCUCUGGGGCUGGAGGGGAAUUUAGAACAUGGGUCAUGUGCUUUUCUUUUCUCCACUCUGCCAUGAUAUCCAGCCCUCUACUGCAGGAAGAUCUCGUCCAUGUUCAGAGUGAUGCCUUUAGAAGGCUUCUGUGGAUUGAUGGAAAAUGUUUGAGGCACAGGCUAAACAGCUAGGAGAUGUUUUAUCACCCACUAACUACCACAGAGGAGCGUGGACCCAGCCAGGGGCAGCAGCCAACAUAACUAGGCUCCUCCUUCAUGUAUAGAUCACUACCCUGCCUACUCAUAGGAACCCAGAGUCACAACAUUUUGUAUUGAAGAGUGGUUAAACCUGGACUAGGGAGAUGGAUCAGUAGGUAAGAGCCCUUGCUAUAUGAAGGACCUGAGUUUAAAUCUCUUUGAAUCCAUGUAAAAAGCCAGAUGUGGCUGCAUGCCUUCACCCACUGUGACCCAGUGUUGGUGGGGAGUGGGCAGAAAUAGAAGAGUUCUGGGGCUUGCUGGUUAUCAGCCUAGCUCUAGGAUGAGUAAAGAGAUUCUGUCUCUGUAGACCAUGCUGACCCUGGUCUAAGAUCCACCUGUCUCUCUGUCUCUCAAGUGCUGGGAUAAAAGGUGUGAACCAAUACCACUUGGCUGUUACAUAAAGGAUAAUAAUCAUGUUACAACCCACAGACCCAGAUAGUCUAAGUAGCAAGGAGGGCUCAAAAGGGCUGGGGGAGUGGGGAUGACACAUGCAAUGGUUCUUCCUGGGAAGGGAAAAUGGGCGGAUUUUGUGGAGAGACUGGGAGCAGGUGGGGAUCAGAACAGGAGAGAUCAGGCUGGAAUGGGAGGGAAGGAGGGAGGGAGAGAGUACUGGGAGAGAAAACUGGAAUUGAGGGGGCAUUUAAGGGACAAUGUACUGCAGUGGAAACUCCCUGUAAUCUGAGAGUGACCCAAUGGGGAAUACAGAGCCUGAACUAGCCAUCUUCUGUAACCGGGCAAGGAUUGUAGCAGUAAGACUGGGAAAUCUACCCAGCCACAAAACCUUUGACUUACAAUCUGUCCUGCCUAUAAGAUGUGCUGGGGUAAUGGUGGCACAGAACUUGUGGGACUGGGAAGAGUGGAAGGAGGGGAAACUGCUGACAGGAUAUAAUAUAUGAGAGAAUAGAAGCAAAAAAAAAAAAAAUACUGUCUUAAGAGAGCAAGGCUGAAAGUGGAGUAGGAUACCUUAUGUCCUUCUCCAGCCUUUGCUGCUUGUACAUGGGUGCAUGCACUUGAAACACACAUGGACAUGUAUACUUACAAACACACAUACAAACAAGAGAGAGCGAGAGGGAGAGGGAGGAGAGGGAGGAGAGGGGGAGGGGGAGGGGAGGGAGAGAGAGAGAGAGAGAGAGAGAGAGAGAGAGAGAGAUUAAACUCAACAAAUGGCCACAGCCAAAUGUGACUGAGAAUUAGACCCAUAAAACCCAUUGAAGUGAGAGUAGAUACCCCUCACAGGAGAACUGUAGUCUGCUCCCCAGGUCAAAGAUGGGUGUGGGGAAAGAAACAGGAGCUGAUGGGAAGCAAGGAAUAUCACAACGGGGAAUCAAACACCUGACAAGCCCAGGACCAAUGGGUCUUCCACUAGAAGCAGAAACUAGAGGGGCCUGAUCUCUUCAUGAACUUAGGAGGUGUUUCUGCUCUGGUUGCAAGCAUGUUUUGACCACUUGCAUUGUCCCAUAAGCCAGGGUCAUUCUUUAUUUCCUCUUAGUUUGCUUCUAGAAGCAAAUAUUGACACUCUCCAUGUCUACAUGUCAACAAUCUCUUUGUAGACACAUAUAGAAAUAUGACACAUUCCAGAUGAGGGAUGGUGGUUAAUUUGAAGUUUGUUACAAUCCAGUUGGGUAAGCAGCCCCUGAGACAUGUCCGUGGAAGAAUGAGACUGGUUGUACCAGUCACACAGGAUAGAUGAGCUCCUUGUCACCACCCACAUAGUAGCAGCCAACAUACACAUAGGAACACAGGUGGAUUUGGACACAGGUAGAUGUGGUCUAGUCUCCCAGGUGUCUGGUAAGACCUACAUCAUCCAACUGAAUAGAUCUAGCUUUAGGUUAGAAAAUAAACAGCCUUUUCUUUCAAUGAGAACAGAUUUUCUUUGUUUCUGCUAAAAUACCAGAUAUAAAGAGGGAAAGGGGAGUAAGUCUGAGCCUCCAGCCAGUGUACUAUGCCUGCUAGGUAGGGUUCAUCAUCCUAUGGUAACUUGAAAGACAUGGUUAGGGUUGUUUUGUUGUUGUUUACUUUUUUUUUUUUGCUUGUUUGUUUGUUCUUUUGCUUGUUUUUGUUUUUUCAAGACAGGGUUAGGGUUAGGGAGUUUUUAAUCCCAUAUCCUAGCUAGGAGAGGUUCAAGUUCAAUCCUAGCAACCUUGAACUGAUUCCAUUUUGUUUCCACAAAGUCCCUCUGUCCAACUGCCACCCCACGUUUCUCCUCAAAGAUAAAUGUGGUAGGGACACUGAUUCUAGGCUUAUAUCUCCCCUGAUGUAGCCAGUCUUUUGCUCCAACAUACUAGGAGAAGGCUGAAUGUUAGGUCCACCUAGCCUAACUUGAAGUCCAGUUCCACUGAUGCAGCUGCAGAAAACACAGCUGAACCAUGUUUCUGACAACUUUCUGAAACUUCUCAAGAUGAGCAUGCAGAAAGCUGUCACAAAUGCACAAAACACAAAAAACGGGUACUGUGCACAUACAAAUCUCACCACCACAUACAACAUACCAAAUUCCCCUCCCACCAUACCACACAUGUAUACUUACACACACACACACACACACACACACACUCCAAAGUCGAUGAUCCAUGCACAUCCUGAACUAUGGCCUAGGUUUGACAAGCACCUCCCUGGAUCUUGAAAUAGGACAGGCAUCAUCCCCAUAUUGCAGCGACCAUCAGCCUACUUUAGGGUGACAGCUACAGGCUGCUGUGGCUAGCCUUGCAAAAUCCUAGUCUUGGCAGUGGGGAAAUUCUUGGAAUUCUCGCUUUAUCUGGGCAUCCCACCCACGCGCCAGCGCACAGUUCCCAGCCAAGGCGCGCCAAGCGAGGCACCCCGACACCUUCUCACCCACCACUCAAGGUAGUGGCAGGAGAGGACUUGCGCCCUUAACGCCGCCGUGAGGGCCCUCGGGGCCUUUAAGGAGGCGGAGCUGUAAAAAGAGACUCCGCUCCUGCUCCGCCCCCAGGCCCGGCCUCCUGCGGUUACUACGGGCCGCGGGCGGGACAACCCGGGCGGCAAGCUGGGAAGAAGAGCCUUUGCCUUGCACUUCCCAACCGCGCGUGGGGAGCAGCUUCCUCUGUCCCGCGUUUGGCUCCCAGGCGCGCAGCGCUCAAUUUGGUUCGCUUACCGGUCCUCGCCGCCCUCCCCGCUGCCUUGGCCUCCCAGGCCCCGGACCCUGUGCCCCUGCGUACCGGCGGAUGUCCUGAGUCGCCACCCGCCAGCUCCGCGCGCCCUGCGGCCACGGCUGCUGGGGGAAGUCGGGGCGCGCUCGCCGGGUAUGCGCCGUCAGCAUGGGCUCGUGGCUCAGCGAGGUGCAGUGGCUCUUCCUGGUGUCGCUCUUCGUCGCGGCCCUGGGCACCGUGGGCCUGUACUUGGCGCAGUGGGCGCUGGCCAAGGCGCGACCCCCGCCCCGGCGGCGGGCGGAGCCGGAUGAGCUAAGGCGCCGGGAGUCGGACACACUCCUUUCCUGGAUACUGACACGGGAUAGCUGGGGGAACCAGUGGCAGGCGGCUUGGGUGACCGCCCUGAACUAUGAGGCCGAAAAGAGAGGGGGUCCACUGCGUCUCUCUUUCCAGAAGGACCCACGGCCACAAUCCUUGCAGCUGACAGUUGAGAAGGUAUCCAGUGUAGUCAAGUCAACCCAGGAGAAGGUGGUGAUCUGUCAUGUGGUGGGUGAGACCCUUCAGUUCUUGGUCAGUGCAGGGCCUGCCUCUGCCACAGGCUCGGAGUGCCAGCUGUAUGAUGUCCAUCUUUCCCCAUUUCAUUUAAAGGUAGAAUUCCACAUGGAAGAGAAGAGAGAGGACAUACAAAUCAGGUGGUCUUUCACCCACGUCCCAGAAACAGCCAUCAAGAUCCAGCCCCAGGCCCCAGGGGAGAAGCAGGCGCUCGGGGUAAACAUGCUUUCUGAAGCCCUUGAGGAUCUUUUCAAGCACCUAGUUAAUGCUGCCUCUCCAUCUGUUUUUCUGAGCACCAAACCCACGCAGGUCAAAGAAGCUCAGAGUCUACAGUGCCCUUCCUCCACUGCUCAGGAACCCUGCCCUCCCAAACCUCCAAGGGCUCAUGAACUAAAAUUGCAGGUGAAGAAUAUCAGAGUUUCCCUGAUAAACCACCCUGGUGCUUCAGGCCUUAGCCAUGUGUGCGUGGCUCAGCUGAACGAUCCUGAACAGAGAUUCAUCAGCACCCUAGUGAGAAACACUACUGACCUCAGUUGGGAGGAGGAAUUCACCUUUGAACUGAACGCCAAAUCCAAGGAGCUGGUCCUGCAGAUCUCACAGGAUGGGUGCUCCUCAGAAGGUCUGUUGGGGAUAGCAACCAUUCACCUGGACCUAUUUAGGAAGCAGCCUAAUGGCCCACAGACCUUCAGACUGAUCAGUGGGACAGAGCCUGACAGCUUGGUGUUGGGCUCAGUCACUGCAGAGUUUUCUUACGUAGAACCUGGGGAGCUGAAAUCCUGGCCAGCUCCUCCCCCUGUUUCUGCUGCAAAGAUAGAAAAGGACCGUACGGUGAUGCCAUGUGGGACUGUGGUCACCACUGUCACUGCUGUGAAGACCAAACCUCGGUUUGACACUGGGAGGGCAACCCCACUGAACUCAGAGUCCCCUGUGAGGACACCCGUCACAGUGAAGGUCAUUGAGAAGGACAUCUCUGUCCAGGCCAUUUCUUGCCACAGCGCCCCCGUCAGCAAGACAUUCUCCUCUUCAGACACGGAACUGUUGGUGCUGAAUGGCUCAGACCCUGUGGCUGAAGUCGCCAUUCGGCAACUCAGCGAGUCCUCAAAGCUGAAACUCAAGUCCCCACGGAAGAAAAGCACCAUCAUAAUUUCAGGGAUCUCCAAGACCUCACUAUCUCAGGACCACAAUGCUGCCCUCAUGCUGGACUACGCAGCUUCUAUGGACAGCACCAACCAGGGAGAUGCCACGUCUGCUUUGUGCCAUCCAGAGGCCACUGAAGCCUCUGCUACUACCCCACCUGAAGAAAAUGAGCCAGCCCAGACCCUACCUGCCCUCAAGCCUAGAGAAAAUGAUCUAGAUUCCUGGGAACUGGAGAAGGAGUCUCCAGUAGCAUCAUGGAGCGGACCAGCCUUGCAGGAGCCUGACGGUGAUGAACUAUCCGAGAGCUCCCUGAGUACUUCAGAGCUAGGAGCUAUGAAGAAGCAUAAAGGUAUUACUUACAUGCUUGUAGAGGUGAGAAGAGAGUCUUCCAUCCCCUGGAAUUGGAGUUAAGGAUCAAUAUGCCAACCAGAAUUAAUUAUCUACACAGAGGACUCCUAAGGAAAGGUGCCAAGCUCUUCUUCCGCCGGCGACACCAACAGAAAGACCCGGGCUUGAGCCAGUCACAUAAUGACCUGGUAUUCCUGCAGCAGCCAGAGGGGAGGCAGAAGAAGGGGGCGACCCUCGGCCGGCUCCUGAACAGAAAGCUGCUUACCAGGCACAGAGGCAAACACACUAUGAAUGGAGUACCCAGAGAGCCCUGCAUAUAGCCCAAGUCACCCCCUGUCCUCACAGCUGGAGGAUGGGGAACAGAAAGGUCUCCACCAGAACAGCAGGAACCAGUACCACCAGAUGCCUGCUUGUCUAUCUUGGUUGUUUUUCCCAAUAAUCUUGUCUUUGAAAGGAACAAAACAAUCUGUGUGUAUGGCUAGGAAGCUUCCCCUGAGAGGACUGAUAACACAGUCCAGUUUGCUACCAGAUACUCCGUGUCUGGCUCCAGCUUCACCAAGCCAUCAAAGCUCUGAGGGGGAACAUAAAGAGAGAGACUUGCAUCUUUGAAGCCAUGUGUGAUCUGAUGGACUAUGGAUGGUAGGCAGGAGAGAUCCUAGUCCACCUCCUUCUUCCUCUCUCCUGAAGGACUGACUAUUGGAGUUUGUGUCUGGACCUUGUCAGGAGGGAGAGGUGUCCCUCUGGGCUGUUGCUAUGAGCAGGAUGGGCUACCUCACCUAACUUGUUUAGAAUUAAAACGUGCACCUGGGCCAGGGGAUAUAGGCAGGAAUUUUGACCCAUGGGAAAAAAAUAGGAAAAGAUGUGCUUUGACAAGUGUGAGGUAUUCACCUUUGAUAUUAGCCAUAGAAAUUAAAAAUGUAUGCAAAUACUAAGUGUGUUCUAUGCAGAUUGUGCCAGGAACUUCCAGAUUUACUCUAGUCUUCUUGCAAGUGGAGGUGUAGAAAUUCAGAUAUGUUUCUUUGUUUCUUAUGUCUGGGGCUCUGUUUUUUCCCACAGUGCAGACAGUAUGCUGAGCUCAAAUAUGCUGAGGCUGCUAUCAGGAGCAGUGAAUGACAGCUUAUAGGAUAUGACACACAUAUAUAUAUAUAUAUAUAUAUAUAUAUAUUUCUUGCCAAAUAUAGCUAACAACCAAAACAAUGAACUUUUAGGGCAACUGAGGAAAUUACUCUGUAUCUCAGGUGCCAGUUAGUCUUAGGUGUAGAAGUUCUAAUAACAAUGGGCCAAACUUGCAGGAAUUCUUCUUAUGGGAUCUUCAGAAUUUUACUGUGAACAGAGACUUCUGGUCACAUUUUAGGGUAUUCUGGUUUUGGUUUACUGUGGGAAAAUUAUAAAGUUGGCACCUGGCUUCAGUGUCCCCACAUAAAGUCCGUAAGAUGCUGUCCUAAUCUGUAUGCCUGGCAUUGUGGGUUCACUGAGUCUCAGAACCCUCCAGAGACAUUGCGUUGGGUUAGGGUGUCCAUUUUCCUACUAUAGCAGUGGAAAGGCUGACAGUAAAACCUGUGUGCUCGUCACUGACAUGCAAUCAGGAAGCUCCCUCUGGCAUCUUCUGUACAUUAGAAAUAUGCAUUUCAGGGGCAAAGUCACUGUUGACCAAAAAUGUCUACGAUAGCCAACAUUAUAGGAAAAUUUUUUUUAUAUUUUGUUUUAGCAAGAAAGAUUUGUAAACUACAUUUAGAAAUCCUUCCUUCCUAUCUAUCUAUCUAUCUAUCUAUCUAUCUAUCUAUCUAUCUAUCUAUUCUUUUCCUCAGUUCUUGGGAUUAAACCUGUAUCUUUGUGCACACUAGACAAGUCCUUGUCCACUGAACUGACUAUUUCCCUGGCCCUCUUUUCACGUUUGGUCAUCAUAAUUGUCAGGAUUUUACUGCUGUGAACAGACACCAUGACCAAGACAACUCUUAUAAAGGACAAACUUUAAUUGAGGCUGGCUUACAAGUUCAGAGGUUCAGUCCAUUAUCAUCAAGGCGGGGCAUGGCAGCAUCCAGGCAGGCAUGGCACUGGAGGAGCUGAGGGUUCUACCUCUCUUUCAGAAGUCAGCUAGGAAAAGGCUGGCUCUUUUGCACUGGCAGAGCUUCAAAACCCACACCCACAGUGAUGUACUUUCUCCAACCAGGCCACACCUCCAAAUAGUGCCACUCCCUGGUUCAAGCAUAUACAAACCUCCACAAUCAUCAUCAUCAUCAUAAUUAUUGUCAUUAUCAAGCUAAGGUUUUACUGAGUUGUUGCUUGGGCUGCCCUGUAAUUCAUUCUGUAACCCAGACAUAUCUUGAAACUCUGAUUCUCCUGCCUUUGUCUCUCAAGUUACAGUGAAUACAGGCCUGAGCCACUGGGCCCGGAGAACUUUACUUUCAAAUAAACAUUUGAAAAUUCUUCAUGGGUAUGGUGGUACAGGCCUGUGAUCCUAGCACUUAGAAGAUGGAGAGAGGAGAAUGGUAGCUUCCACCUCAACCUGGGCUACAUGAGACCCCCUUCUCAAAACAAACAACAAAAAUAGAAGAAAAAGAACUGCAAAGUUCUAGAAUGAUCCAUCAAUAAUAAGUUGGUUCCCAAAGCCAGGAAUCCCCACAACUUUUGGGGGAUAGAAGUGAUUUUAAUGCUGUGCUCUACUCGAAGCAUUGCUACUCCAUGCAGUCUGCAGAAUUGUGAUCCGUACCUGUCAAUUCCCAGAGACUACAGGUGCCAGGAAUUCUGAUUCUGAUGGUGCAUUUUCAGUGUGGGACACAGUAGCUGUCAUCCAACAUACUGGGGGCCAGAAGUGUUUCAGGCUUCUUUUGGAUCUGGGGCUAUCUUGAUAAGACUUUACCAUCUGAGCAUCCCUUCAUCCCAAAAUAUAAAAAUUUCAGAAACAUGAAACUCUUUGAACACUGUGAUGCAUACAGUGUUUUGGGUUUUAGACUUUUGGGUUAGGGAUGCUCAACCUAUGCAGGUUUUAUUGGUUUGGGCAUUUAGGUUAAGUCUAGUCAAGUGUGAAGGUAUCAGAAUUUUAGGUUAUACUUUUAGCAAGAACAAAAAAGAACAAAUGAUUUUUAGCCAUUCUAGCCCACAAAUGACUCUGUGAGCAUCCUGCUCCUGGCUUCCCAACCACAUCUAAGACCUGCUUCCUUUAGGGUCUCCAUUGAGUAGCCUUUGCCAGUUGUGAAUACCAUCACAGCAGAGUGUACAGAGAUGGGGGACACAAAGAGGACAAGCCUGAGAAAAUGGGCCUUCCUCAGACUAUAAAAUCCCUUCUCCAAGCUGUUUAUCCACUUCUGUUUCUUUGUAGUGUAGGGUAAUUAUGUUGAAAUGAACACCAUUAAGAUUAUGUAACAGGUGCCAACAGCACAACUGCUUAAGCCAACUCUGUCCAUUGAUCUUGACUACAUUCUUUGGUGGCUUCAGUUUCUGUCUUAAGAUUUUGGCAGAGUGCUAGUUUUAAAGCAGUUUUUCAUGAACACUAAUCCAUGUGUCUGUGAAUCUGGAAGCAGAACUCAGGUUGGCUGGAGUUGGCCACAUUUCCCCUGUCCUUCAUGCAGUGACUGAAUAGAGCUGUUUGUGUGAUGUUGAUGUAGCAAUAACAAAACUAGGGCUCUUUUGCUCUGAUUGAAAACACACUAUGAACAAUAGGAUUUAGACAAAGCACUUUAUUUUACAUUUUAGUUUAGGUUUAAAACUAGCCCUGCUUCCUAGCUGUGGAUACUUGGCCAUUUAUUGCUAACCAGUUCCAAAUUAGAUUUUUGCUUGGAUUUUCCCUGACCACAUUUACAGAAAUUUUUCUUAUGCAGACAGGGAAAGAUUAAUUUACAUUGCUGCCACCCAAAGUGGUGUUUUCUUUGGUUAAUAAGCUCAGGGCUGUCAAUCUUGAACUUUCAAAGUUCAAGUUGAUGGAUGGUAGAAGGUAAAAUUUGUCUGUCUCAGAAACAAGUGUGGGCACUGACUGACAACCAGGCACAGAAACAGGUGUGGGUCCUGAGACAAGCAGGCACUGUCUCCACUAUCCCAACAGGUAAAAAGACUUGAGGACCAAAGCACCUGCACAGGGACAGAGACACUGUUCAAACCAGCAGUGCAAGCUCCUAUCACCUCUGGCUCUUUACAUAAAAUGUCCAUGUUCUGUGUAUAAAUAAGUUGUGGGAUCACCAAGCUGCCUGGAUCACUUGGCUGAGGGUGGAAUGAAGAUGUGAUUAUCCAUCGGGCUGGAAGCUGUGGCUUUCUGCCCUCUGUCACGCCAGUCUCUAUGUCAGAGGGGAUAAAAGUAAAAGCUUCCCAGGUGUGUGGCGAACCUGAAGCUGGUGUGUGGGGACUGGCAUCUGUGGAAAUGAUUGUAUUUGUUAUGAAAGACAUGGGUGGCACAGGAUGCCGUGCAGUGAGACGUGGCUGGAACUUCAUUGAUCUCUCGAGAAAUAAAUGUACCCACGGAAGACUUUAA